AGGAUGUCUGGUCGCGGGAAAGGCGGUAAAGGGCUGGGGAAGGGAGGCGCCAAGCGCCACCGGAAGGUCCUCCGGGACAACAUCCAGGGCAUUACAAAGCCCGCCAUCCGUCGGCUCGCCCGCCGAGGUGGUGUCAAGCGCAUUUCUGGGCUCAUCUAUGAGGAGACCCGGGGAGUGCUGAAAGUCUUUCUGGAGAACGUGAUCCGCGAUGCGGUGACUUACACGGAGCACGCCAAGCGCAAGACGGUCACCGCCAUGGACGUGGUGUACGCGCUGAAACGCCAGGGCCGCACCUUGUAUGGCUUCGGCGGCUGAGCAGUCUCUGCGGCUUCUCUUCAAAUCCCUAAAAGGCCCUUUUAAGGGCCCUC